CCUCCCCGCCCCUCCGCCGGGGAGGUGGGAGCGCGGUGGAGCGCGCGGCAGAGGGCCGGGCGCGUGGGGACGCGGGAGGGCGGCAUUCUCCGCGAGCCGCGCCGCACACCGAGCACGCCGGCCGCCGGAGCUGGGCGCGGAGCCGGGAGCGCGGAGCCCGCAGCCGGUAGUCGUCCGCCUCUGGGACCCGGGGCCAGCCCCGGCACAGCAGCCCGGCCCGAGGAGGGCGCACCCGGCCAUGGAACCCUCGCACAAAGACCCCGAGACCGCGGCGGCGGCGUCGGCGGUGGCGGCGGCAGACCCCCGGGGGGCAUCCUCGUCCAGCGGGGUGGUGGUGCAAGUCCGCGAGAAGAAGGGCCCCCUGCGCGCCGCCAUCCCCUACAUGCCCUUCCCCGUGGCCGUCAUCUGCCUCUUCCUCAACACUUUCGUGCCGGGACUGGGGACAUUCGUCUCGGCUUUCACCGUGCUGUGUGGGGCCCGCACCGACCUCCCAGACAGGCACGUGUGCUGCGUCUUCUGGCUGAACAUCGCCGCGGCCCUCAUCCAGAUCCUCACGGCCAUCGUCAUGGUGGGCUGGAUCAUGAGCAUCUUCUGGGGCAUGGACAUGGUCAUCCUCGCCAGCUACAAGGAGCAGGGCAUCCCACAGCAGCUGUGAGCCCACAGGAGCCAGCGGCAGAGUCCAGGGCCACAAAGACCUUUACAUGUUCUCUUCUGCUCUUCUCGGAUUUGGGGUGGAAAGGGGCUAUUUUUAAAAAUAUUAUUUAUUGUGAAAACGCAUCUGCUUUUCUGGGCAGGCUCUGAGGGCUGCCAGUCCCUCCUCCUGUUCCGGAAAGCAUUGUAGGCGCAGCACCCGGAGCGCUGGGGAGUGGGGUGGAGAUGGCAGUGCUGACGGGGGGCUGGGGUGCUCCAGCAGGCUCAUCCCUGCCUGGCAGUGCCCACCGCCCACCGCACGGGCACAUUGGAGCUGCUGGGCUGGGCCACGGUCCAGGUGGGCGAGCGCUUGCAGGGAGGCAGGACUGUGGUGGUCCCCUCGCCCUGCCUCAGAAACCUGGUGCCCCCAGUGUUUACUCUGUGGCCUCAUGGGGGCAGCACCACCCCGGGCCUCAGGGAGAGGACGGGUCCCUGCGGGUGUCUCCGGGGCCUGCACUGCCAGCCGCCGUGGCUGUGCUUGGCCCUUGUUCUCUGCAAGGCAGUGGCUCUAUCUCAGAAGUGAACGCACUGGAACGGCCGGAUGUUCACGCGCAACAUUGCCAGGCCCGGGGGUGAGCGGCCACAGGUGGGCGCCUCCCACCUGGCCAAGUGACACUGUUUCUGGUCCACAUCCCUUUACCUGAAACCCCUGGGGCCAGAAGUGUGUGUGAAUUCAGAAGGUUUGGAGCUGAGAACCGUAAUGUGAGCCACCGACCCGAGUGCUUCCUGACACUGCGGCAGAUUCUGGAACACCCCCCACCUCACCCCCACCCCCUACCCCCGCCCCUGCGGCAGCAAGCCUUCAAAUGUCCCUGCAGAGAAAGGGGGAAGAGGCACAGUCACUGGGGGCCCUGAGUGCUGGAAAUAGCCUCGCUCAGGCCAGCUCAGAGGGUGCUGCUGUUGGGGGUGGGGGGAUCCUUACCGUCUGAGAGCUCGUCGGGGCUCACAGCUGGGAGACAGGUGUGUGGGGCUGGGACCUCUGUCUGAACUGCUCCUUGCAGACAGACGGAGACACUGCAGGGAUCCCUGCAGUCGCAAAGGGACCAUGGGGCCAGAGAGAGAGGAGAGACCAAGAGAGGUGGUGCAGGCUACUGUGGACCAAGCACCCACCUGAAACCAAGAGAAAGGAGAGCCCAAAUCGCAGGGGCAGGAUGGACUCUGACAAAGGAGGUGUGAACAGUGGGGACGGGCCCAAGACCUGGUUCCCACUCCCCCAAGCACUGGGGAUGUCCAGUUUUGAGGAGGGGCUUGCCUUGUCUCUCAGAGACUGGUCAGGGCUGGAGAAGGGAUGUGUCUGGCCACCUUGUCUGCCCGCUACCCUGAGGCCUCUCCGCCUUCCUACUGGCUCUCUCAGCCUGGUCCUGCAGGGAGCAGGCCUGGGGCUCCUUGCUUGCUAGAGGCACCCCUGGAGAAACAGACCCCCUGUGGCCACUCACCCACCCCGGGCACCCACCAGGGUGGGGUCCCAGUCCACCCCUUUGCUCUGCUGAGCGACUGCCCCCUCCCCAGCACUGGCUGGGCUGCCCUGUUGGAGGACCCAGCCCUUUCUUCAUCUCUUCCUGCUGUCUCUUCCUCCUGACCCCAGGCCUCGGUGGCUUCAGAGCAGGGAAGCUGAUCGGAUUUUAUCCCAAACGCUGGGGCCUCCUCUGGGCUGGCAGCUCCCUGCUCUAGAGGCAGCUGCACCAGAGUACAGAGCUGCCUGGUAACAGAGCAAACAGCUCAGCUGAGGGAAAGAGUGGGCUCAGCCCCCGGCCCAUGGCCCCUGUGCCUGCCCCCUCAGUGAUGACGGCUCAGAGGGCCCACUCCCACAGGGGGAGAGGAGGAUCGCGUUUUCCUGGCUUGGGCUGGGGGUGGCUGCUGAGGGGGAAGAGAAGAGAUAGCAAUUUAUGUCGCGUGUUUAGUGACAGGAUCCAGACGCGGGUGGGCGUGUCUUGAGUGGCAGGUAUCACCGUGAGCCCCAGUGUGCGACGGCUUCAUACAGGGGCUUGUGCUCCGGGAGGGAGGGACCUCUCCUCCCUGGAGGGCUGCUUCUCCAGGUUGGAGCACACAUCAGCCUCAGAAGGAAGCCUCUUUCCAGGUAACAGGUGCGUGGGAGAAGCUGAGGGGUCCCCCCGCCUGCCUCUGUAACAGUGAGUCUGCGAGGGUUGCCACGUAGGUGGGACCAGCUCAAAAUAGCAUCCGCUGGAUCAUCCCACUUCAUCCAGUGCUCAGGGGCAGCGUGGUCUGAGCCGGCCCCUCCGCCUGUCAGGUGCACACCUGUAAAUGCCACCCACCAUUGUUGAGCAGAACCCCUGGGCCUGGCAGUACUCCGUGCACGCACAGACCACUGGUGACCAGGCUGGGCUUCGCCUCUGUGUGCAGCACAGGGCUGCUGGCCACGAGCCACAGGGCACACUCCAGCUUCAGGCUGUGGCAUUCAGCAGGAUGCUCUGGCUGAGGGUGUUUGGGGCUGGAAUCUAGACUCAAGGACACACUCCCAGGGCCCCUUGAUGACAUGGUGAUCAGAGUGUCCAUGUGCUCAUGCCAGAGCAGGAUUCUGCAGCAAGAAUGAGCCACCAGGUGGCCUGGGAGUCUCUGUGGACAGUGGGGCUGGUUGAGGACGCCCAGCUGCGAAGGCCAGCAUCCUGGAGGGGAAACGGGGUGGAAGGCUCCUGGCUCCAGGCCUGGCCCCUCUGUCCUGUCCCUGGCCAGAUGCUGGUUCUGUGGGGUAGGGGUGCUGCUGCCGAGGCCCACUCCCCAGCCUGACCCAGCAGGACAAGCUCCUGGCUUUGGCUUGGAGACCGUUUCUGGCUGCAAUUGAGGGGAAAGAGGGAACGUGCAGAGUGGGUCACAGCCCCCAUGCUGGGUACUUCCCUGGGCACGUGCUGAUUAUUCUGCCUCCUCUCCCCUCACCAGCGGCAGAGAGGAAGCCAGAGACCCCAACACCUGGCUCAGAAGGGGCAGAGCCGAGAGUGACCAGGACUAGCCACCUCCACAACCAGUGCAGGCACUCACCGCGGCCCUGCCCAGAGGCAGACCCCUGGAGGGGUCUUUGUUCCCCCUCCUCAUAACAAGGCGAAACAAGAACCUCCCUGGGGAGAGCCAUACGGCCCCCACCCUGCUCCACCAUGCUCUCCACCCUUGCCUCUGCCCAGGCAGCCCGCAAGCCCACUCUCCCUCACCUAAGGGCGGCCCAGAAGGGGUGCCUUUGGUGAAGUUGUAAGAGGAUGGUGGCUAGAGGUACGGCUGGUGUGAGGGGCCAGCCCAGGAUUGCAGCUGUGCCAUCACCAUGAAAGCACGCGCUGAGUUGGCUUCAUGCAGGGUGCCCUGGGCUGAGGGGCAGCGGGCAGGACAGGCACGAAAGAAAAGCCCCAUGAUUGAUGUCUCCCCUGAAGGGGAAGGGACCCAGGAUCUCAAAAAAGGAACCACUCACAGACCCAUGACACUGAGCCCAAGGCCAGCGCACAGUGGGGCUGCAAGCCCGGGACCAGGACAGAUGCCUUCUGCAAGGGGAGCCAAAAUGCACCAGCUCAGCUCUUUAAACAAAGCAGAAACCCUGAGCUGUGCCUUUAGCCAAGCCUUCCCUGUGCACAUUGGUGAGUUUUGGGGGAUUCAUUUCUGCCAUGCCCGAACCUGGCUCCUGGGUCUGCGUUGGGGAGUCCAGCUCCCUGGGGCCUCAUCCUGACUCCCAGACCAGCCUCAGGAUUUUAAUGACGUGGCUGAGCAUUGCAAGAACAGCUUGGGGUGCAUCUUGCAGCAGACAGCUGUCCGUCAGUGGUGAGAGGCAUCACUCACUGCCACUGUGACUCCCUCUGGUUGGGCUUUCAUCAGGGGCUUGCCAGUGGGGGAGCCCCCCAGAGGCCAUGACCUGCUGCCACACACACCACCACCCAGGGUCAGAAGUGGGGCCUGGGGCUGAGACUCGGUGUGUCCUCUCUGUGUAGUUGGGAGAAGUUACCUGCUGGCCUAGGGCAGCCCUCACCCCCUGCUUGGUUUACUGGCUCAGCAAGCUCCCCAGGAGUGACCCCGUGGGACUGUACUUGAGCAAAGGGUGGCCCCCCAACCACAGCCCUGACACUGCCCAGCCUUCACAGGUGAGGUGGGAGUGGGGCACCUUCUCCCUGCAGAGAGCUCCGUGUGCAGGUUGCAGGGAUGUGGAGGCCAGCUUGGCGGGGGAAGGGCAGUGUCCCCCUGGACCAGCGUGGCUGUGCAGAAUAAUCAUUCUUUCAAAGGUCAGCUGGAGCAGGUGGGUGAGAGGCUCAGGUCCCGAACUUGUGAGAUUCUUAGACCUUCUGAGAUGCCCGUGGAUCACCAAGGCAUGGAGGGCUCAUGCUCAGGCCUAAAUCCAAGGCUGAGGCCAAUGAGCUCCAGCCUCAGGGCUGUUAGGAAGCCUUUGUCUCUCUGACUGCCCUGUGCCUCAGUUUAACCAUCUGUAGGUGGGAAAAUGCAGAGGCCUGGGCAGUGGGCCAAGGGCGUGCAGGGCUGCUCCUUAUGGGAAGGAGAGACGAGCUGUCCUCCCUGGAAGGAGUUACCACUCAAGUGGCUGCAGCCCUGGAACUGAGACUCUUCUGGGAGAGUGGAAACAUCGGUCCCCAGUUCCUCUCCCCUCCUGACACAAUUCCAUAGGGCGGGAAGGCAGACAGCGUCUGACUUGUCUAUGAACUGAGUGUCCAGUAUGGGCUGACUCUUGGUUUACAUUUGCUAGGGAACCUCAGCCGCCCACCCGCCUCCCUUCCUUCCUGGGUUGGCCACAGUGCCAACACCCCAGGCUAGUUUGGACUCUACAGUGCACGCCUACGGCAUCUCACCCUCACAAGGGCUGAGUCUGUCUCUCUCUCACACAUACACACACACACACAACCAAACCCGGCCCCUUGACUGCUGGGGGAAGCAGGAUGGAGUUUUCCUGGAGACUCAGGUUUGGGACUGAUCUCCAAUGGAACCCACACCUCCUCUUCCUCUUCCAGCACCCAGCUCCCAGCCCCUGCCCACAUACACACGCUGCUUCCUCUCUCUCUCUCCAGAGCCAGGACCCGUGGGUCUCUUCCUCCCAGGGUCAGUGGACUCAGGACCCCACCCCACCAAAUGGGCUGUGUUCUUCCCCAUGUUUGCCAGCCUGGCCUUCUUGGGAGGGGGCGAAGUGGGCCCUCCCAGAAAAGAGGGGCAGCAUCCUCUUUGUGGGACCCUUCCAGGGCCCCUUCCUAUUUCUGCAGCCCCACCUGCCCCAGCGUAGAGACCAGGAGGAAAGUAGGGGCGGUGGCCGGGACUGGCUCCUGGACAGCCAUGAGACGGGUCUGGCCCACGUCGUAGGCUAAGCCAUUUUCCACACUGUUGUGUGUGGUGCUGCUUUUGAAAACAGUACCCAUGAAAGUGAGACAGCUGGCCCUGCGUGCAUCCACUGUGUUAACACAGGGAUGAGUGCCGGGCCUGCAACAUUUUGAUGCUGUGAUUGGCUUGGUUGGGUCUCUUUCUCUGUUCAAUUAGCUGCUGUAUAUUUGCAUUGCUCUCAGACGAGACAGAGUCUCUGGUCUCCGGGGACUGUUUUCUCCUACUUUGCGGGGACCCUGCCCCAGCCUAGCCCAGCCAAGGGGUAUGUGCAGCCUACUCCAAUGCCUGGAGCCCUUCUUAGAAGAAAACUUCACAUGCUGGGGACCUUGGAGAAGCUUGCAGCCUCGCCUUGGUCCUGACCUUGCAGCCUGGGGUCCAGGGCUGCCUGCAGCCCAGCUUCCCAGCACCUGUGCCCAGCCCUGGGCUCUCCAUGGUGCCCUCUGAGCACCCAGCAGUGUUACAGUUGCUCCAGCCUUCUGCCAGCUUUACAAUCCGUAACUUGAGCAGCUUUGCUGUACAUGUGAUGAAAACGUCACGUAUGAUGAUAGAAACCCAUGUACAUAGCUCCGUGUACAUAUUUAUACAGACACACGCAUUCCUAUUCCACAGACAGCACGCACGGCAUCUCUUCGGCAUUCUAAGUUCAUGUUUUUUUAAAUCCUUGGAAAUACGGCUUUGGAAACCUUUUCUUCCCCUCCCUCUUUUCUAUGUAAUAAACAUUCAUGUGACCUUU